GCCGGAAGGGGCGGCCCCGCGGCCGCUCGAGGGACAGGGCGGCCAAGCCGCGGCGGUCCUCGGGCGCGAUGUGGCCCAGUGCCGAGGUCCCGAGGGCGGAGCCCGGGCCGGAGGCUCGCCCGCACGGGGGUGGGUCUAGGCACUGCUCCGACGCCUGCAAGUUGUCCGCGCUCGCCCCAGCAGUGACCGGGGAGCGGCCAAGCGUCUCUCACCCCGGACGAAGCUCCGCGGUAAUAGUGCCUGGCUGGCUGAACGAGGUGGGCGGACGGCUCGGGACCAUGGCCAGAGCCGGCAUGGAGCGGUGGCGUGACCGCCUGGCACUGGUGACGGGAGCCUCGGGGGGCAUAGGCGCGGCCGUGGCCCGGGCAUUAGUCCAGCAGGGACUGAAGGUGGUGGGUUGUGCCCGCACCGUUGGCAACAUCGAGGAGCUGGCUGCUGAAUGUAAGAGUGCAGGCUACCCCGGGACUUUGAUCCCCUACAGAUGUGACCUGUCAAAUGAGGAGGACAUCCUCUCCAUGUUCUCAGCUGUCCGCUCUCAGCACAGUGGCGUGGACAUCUGUAUCAACAAUGCUGGCAUGGCCCGGCCCGACACCCUGCUCUCAGGCAGCACCAGCGGCUGGAAGGACAUGUUCAAUGUGAAUGUACUGGCCCUCAGCAUCUGCACUCGGGAAGCUUAUCAGUCCAUGAAGGAGCGAAAUGUGGACGACGGGCAUAUUAUUAACAUCAACAGCAUGUGUGGCCACCGAGUCCCACCCGAGUCUGUGAUCCAUUUCUAUUGUGCGACCAAGUAUGCCGUCACAGCAUUGACAGAGGGACUAAGGCAAGAACUUCUGGAGGCCCAGACCCAUAUCCGGGCCACGUGUAUCUCUCCAGGCUUGGUGGAGACACAGUUUGCCUUCAAACUCCAUGACAAGGACCCCGAGAGGGCAGCUGCCACCUAUGAAGACAUAAAGUGUCUCAAACCCGAGGAUGUGGCCGAAGCCGUCAUCUACGUCCUCAGCACCCCGCCACAUGUUCAGGUUGGAGACAUCCAGAUGAGGCCCACAGAGCAGGUGACCUAGUGUUCUGUGGGGGGCCCUACCUUCCCCACCCUCAUGGCUUGCCUCCUGCCUCUGGAUUUCAGCUGUUGAUUUCUGGACCCUGGAUCUUACUUUCGGUGUCCACUCCACUAGGGAUAGAAAAUUUCUCAAAUUAUUCCCAAUAUACAUGUGAAAAAAUGGGCUGGGGAGAGAAGGCGUGGUAAUG